AUGAUCGCGACGCCCUCUCUUGGCAUCCUGCCUCAGAUUGUCUCGCCUCAGCUGAAACCCCCGGAUACGAAACGGCAUCAAAAUUUCCGGCCGGGAAGACACAAGCGCGAAUCUAGAUCCACUCGCUUGGCCGCUAUCCAUGGCAGCAUCGAACGCACUCACUCCAAGCAACAAGAACAUGCUACUGCGAUCAAUGACCUUGAACAACUACAUGACGAUCUCCUCGCCGACCAAACCGCUCUUGUCGACGGCUGGGCAGCUGCCAUGUCCCAGGUCGGACUCCCCUCUAUGCUGUCGCCUUCACUGCUUCUGGAUCAGAAGACGCCCGACCCAGGGAAUUCGAUCGAAAUCAUUCAAGACCGACACCUUCACACACAAUGCUACUCCCGAGGUCCCCUACGACCAAAUCCCGAAGAUCUGCAACGAUCUCCCUCGCUGUCCCCUACGACCUGGAGCUUCAUGCUCGCGAGGUUGAAGGCCACCACUGACCGCGCACAAAAUAUGUCUUCGCGCCGCCCGCUUAUGCCUGCAGUCUUCGACGUCGGACGUCCCCUACGACCAAUCCCGAUACAACCGCAACCGCAACAGCGUAACCGCCUCCUUCUUGUCUCAGAGCACUUGGAGUUGAAGGCCACCGCCCGCGGCUCGCACUUACAUCUAUCUCAAGUGUCUUCUCUUGUCUUCGCCAUCAUGUAA